UCAGCGCCCGCCCGCGUCAUUCUGAGGGCAACGAAACACGGAGAAAGGGAAAAAAAAGUUUGGUGAGGAGCGAGCGGGGCCAGGCGGGGCCGGGCGGGCGGCGGCGGGACGCGGCGGGCCCAGAGGCAGAUUUGAUUAUUGCAGUGCAGCAGUACAUCUUGGAUUGAAAACAGCAAGAGAAAUCACAAAGUUCUUCAAGAUUACUGAAAUCUCAUCAGUCUGAAAUUGUUAUGCUGUGAUUGCGUUAGCACCUGAUCCCUUCAGCAACGGUUGUGUUGGGGAAGAAGAAAGUAGCAGUAACUGGUUAUUGAGUCCCUGCGUGCUGCUUGAAGCUAACCGUUGAACAGAAAGGUUUAUAGAAGAAGGGAAAAUGGCUCAAGAAACUAACCGUAGCCAAGUGCCUAUGCUUUGUUCCACUGGUUGCGGAUUUUAUGGGAAUCCUCGUACAAAUGGCAUGUGUUCGGUGUGCUACAAAGAACAUCUUCAAAGGCAGAACAGUAAUGGUAGAAUUAGCCCUCCUGCAACUUCUGUCAGUAGUAUAACUGAGUCCUUACCGGUUCAGUGCACAGAAGGCAGCGCCCAGGAAACUCAGUCAACUUUAGAUUCUACAUUGACUCCAUCUAUGCAGCCAAGCCCUGUGUCAAGUCCGUCACUUUUAACAGAAUCUGUAGCAUCAUCCCAACCGGAUAGCACGGCUGUGGACAAAACAGUACCCGAGACAGAAGAUUUGCAAGCUUCAGUGUCAGAGAACGCAGAGCCUACACCUGAAGAACCAGACAAGUCGCUUGAUAAACCAAAACAGAAAAAGAAUCGUUGUUUCAUGUGCAGGAAGAAGGUUGGACUUACUGGGUUUGAGUGUCGGUGUGGAAACGUCUACUGUGGUAUGCACCGUUAUUCAGAUGUACACAGUUGCUCUUACAAUUACAAAGCUGAUGCUGCUGAGAAAAUCAGAAAAGAGAAUCCUGUAGUUGUUGGGGAAAAGAUCCAGAAGAUCUGAACUGCUGCUUCUGCUGGAAUACAAAAUCCUCUGACCAUCUGCAGAUUAAAUUGACUUGAGCUUUUUUCCUUAGUCAUCAGGAAUGUAGAGCAGUGUAUCUUGCCUAGACCUUUUAAUCAUGCAUGUCAUCAGAUGAAUAGAUUUUUUGUUUUUGUUUUUUUUGUUUUGAAAAUGACUCUGAACAUUUAUUUUCAUUGCAGUUUUCUGUGGCUGAAGACUUAAGUAAACUUUACAAGUAUUAUCCUUUAAGAUCAUUCUAAUUUUAGUUGAGUGCAGAGGGCUUUUAUAACAAACGUGGAGAAAAUAUUGGAGGGCUGUGCUUUUCCAGGAUAAAACAUGCAUGCGUUAACUUUGCAGUUUAUUUUCUUGUUGUAUAUAGCUUUUCUCUGCAGCACAAUUUCCUUUUUUUUUGAUAAUGCCUUGUAUGGCACAACUAGUUAUCAGUAACUGAAUGUAUUUUAAUCAUUAUGGCUGCUUCUGGUUUUUUUUUUUCCCAUUAACGAGAGGUUAUACAUGUUCGCAUAUUAGCUUGUUUGCACCCUCUACCUAUUUAUGUAUGAAUCAUUUGUAAUGAGAGUGUGUGCUGAGAUUGUCUGCGUGGUUUUUUUUUUUUUUAAAUUGGUUUUUGUUUUUGUGUGUGUGGGGGGAAGGCUGUAUGCACUUCAUUGACUGCAGGUUUCAUUGGGAUUACAUCCAUCAGUCUGUCUGUACACAAAUAUGAAGAAUGAUCUGAAGUAUCUGUGCUGUAUUUAUGUUUAUCCACGUCUUAACUUUGAUUAAAUAAAAUUUAAAAAAUCGGA